AUGGUUCAUUUAAGAAGAGCUAUUGGUAUAACUGGAACAAAACCUGGAAAUAUGUCCACUUCGGUUAGAGAAAUUUAUAACAGAGAAAUAGUUGAAAAUCCAGAAGGUGCAACAAACUACACCUAUUUACAAUCACAAAUGUGUGUAAAAAAAAUGAGUCGGCGCCGUCAUCCCAACAGUCCAACAGUUCAACAGUCGAAGAACUGA